AUGGACAACCACAACGCCGAUGGGUACAGCGACGCCGCAGACGUGCUGAAGGUGCUGCACGACACGGUAGAGAUGUACGUGUCUUCCAUGCAAGACAGUGAGGACAAGGAGCGCGGAUGCAGCAUGGCGUCGGCAUCCGCGUCCUCGUCAUCUCUCACCACCUCUGCAGCAAUAGACCUCGCCAUCACGCGACAGCACAUUCAGGAAAAUGUGCCGCGUUUGUUGGGCGUGUGCGCGUCUGUGCGGAGCAUGUUGCGCAGGGUCGCUAUGCUGCCCCGUCAGCCCUCGCGACGGAGUGACAGCGAGUCCUUGAGCGCGUCUAGCAGCUUGGGCAGUUCCACCACGGCGGCAAAGCGCCAUGAAGCCGUCAGUGGCCUCAUCAUGCGAAAGCUUGGCGACGUCAUGGAGAAUGCUCACAUGAUACGUGGACUCGCGAAGGUGCAGCAACAGCAGCAGCAUCUCUUGCCGUCACACCUAUCUCGUGUGUCGUCGCUAGCCUCGCCGGACGACAAUGACGGACCGCUUCUCAUGAAACAGCUCAUCCGUGUGACGCUGUACAAUCUUGAGGACAUGGAGCGGCUUCUACGUGCCGCCUACCCGAAUGAGCUAUUCACAGACACGGUGAACUGGGGCGGCGACGAGGUUGAUGAGGCGGAUAGGCCUACGCUGUUUCCGCACUCGCCACGUGUGCGUCGCACGCUGACACGCUCGCACGGACAACGUCUCGGCUAUAACGGUGGCAGCUCCGGUCACGAAGGCCGGCGCGACUCCACUGGUUGCGCGCACAGCACCAGCAGCGGCGAUGGUGGUGGAGUAAACUCGUCAUUGGAAACGCCGCGCAGCUCCACUCACACGGCGCCGUACGUGCGACGCAGUCCCUCUUUCGACCAGGCGAACCUUCUCACCGGCUCAUGGGCGACAGCCAAUCAAGAGGACCACGACGGCGACAGCGAAGCCGCACCGACAGUGCGCCUAACCGACACAACCCCCACGUCGCCCACUGGUGCCUACCCGUCAGCAUCUAUUCUAGCGCGGUCGCAGCAGGCAGACCCGCUUUCGUCGGCGUCGUCUUUCGUCGCUUCGGCGCCGGGGCCGUCUUCGCCACGCGUCCAAUUUGUCAUUGGCGAGCCCCCUGAUUCCGAGGGCCAGGACUCCUCCCUCGCCGAAUGUGCGCUAGCGUCCACGGCAAUGCCGAAACAGUCCUCUCCUUGUGACAGUAACCUGCUGUCAAACCCUGUGGUGCGGCUCAGCAGCACUGACAAUGAUAAGCACAGCCGCAACGUCAGCGACCGAGCGCCUGCGGACUCCGUCACUGCCUCAACGCUCAGCACAGCCACCACCGGCGGCUCCCUCGGCUCUUCGGCGUUGCAGUUGGGCGACGACGCGCCACCCCGGUCCCGCGAUGGGAACAGCAGCGUCGGCAGCCGGGGAGGCAUAGCCCGCGCGCUGCCGCCGCCCGUCGGACUUCCCCCCCGGUCACCGCGCCGGUAUGACCCGCAGCAACUUGCAACCAGCCUCGCCUCCUCGUCUGGCGAUCAGCGGCUACCGCUUGCUCCAGACCCCGCUUGGGUGGACCCCAACAUGCGUGUGAGGACGUAUCACAUGCAACGGCUCCCGGGCGAACUCUGGGGCGUUAUUAUCGAGGACCAUCAAGCGAAGAUGGAGGCUGCCUUCCGUGCGGAUGUGGUGGACCUAUUCAAAUAUGGCGAAGUGUCCCCGGCGCUGCGCGGCGAGGACGUGCGCGAGGUAUACUUCACCGUGGUAGGCACGGACCUGCACAUCCGCAUAGAGCUGGAGCACCUGUGCUCGAUGGCGGAGCCUGAGAUCAACACACGACUCAAUCUCUGCUCGUACCCGCACAUGACGGAGCUGUAUGAAGAGUUCUUCAAGGCUCAUCAGGCCAAGGAGCUCGACGCCGUCGAAGACAGCACGGCGACGCCAGACAGCGACACGCCACGGUACAGUGAAACGUAUUCGAACGACGGCGAUGGCACAGGGGGGGACGAGGAGGACGAAGGCGCAAGCGACGGUAGCGAUGAGCAGCGCUCCUUGAGUCUCGCGAGUGACUUGAACGCUGCCGAAGCCGCCGCGGACGACUCGGCGGCUGGCGUGCGCACACCGCCACUGCUGAUCGCAACAGACUCGCGCACAAUGUCGGUUGUGGGGAGCUCGGCAGCAACACCCUGCGUCUUCAGCACGCCAAACCUGAGAGCCGCCGUUGGUGAAGACAGUGGAGGCUUGGGCGAGACAGGGCGUGAAGCGUCCGCUUCCGUCUCCCCGUGUGCCCUCGUCAGCGUCGAGAGCCACACUCACCUCCAGGAAGGAGCCACAUCGGCGUCGGCAUCGCGUCAUCCGCAUACAGUGCGUAUUCCUGGCGCGCGAUGGGCACGUCUGCUGCUCUCGCCUGCGCCGGAGAAGAGCGAUCUAAAGUACGCCUUCGUCAAAGACACGGGCGUCGCUCUUGGCGUGCUGCCGUCCGAGGCCCGCGAGGCGUGCCAGGAGGUGCGCUUCUCCUUUGGCAGCCUUGUCGUGGACUUUAUGUGGGAUAAUGCGGAGCUCUACCCGGGCGCGGUGCCGCUCUCGGCGCCAGAGAUCGACACAGCUCUGAAAAACUGCCUGUACCCCUCUGUGCGUGCCUUCUACACCGACGCCUGUGCCGCGCUCCACCUCGACGACGAUCUCGCGGUGGUGCCUGCGGCGAAGCGCGCCAGCAGCUCCGGCGGUGGCAGCACCGCUGAGUCAGUCGUCGCUCAGCUCAUCCUGCCGGAUAAGUCAGAGCUCGACUUGGCGUCAGGCACACACAGCGCGUUGGCGCUGGAUAUGAGCGGCAAUGCAGAGAAAGGAGAGGCGGCAUCGGUGCCCAAGUCGAGCAGGGAAGAUGACUGGUCAACGGCACGCUUGCCCAUGGCGCCACAGCUGGCGCAGGCAGAAAGGUCACCGUCAACGUUUCCGUCUACUGCGACGACGGUACUCUACGCGGCAGACAGUGCGGCGGCGGCGUCGAGGAAAGUGGCCUCGUCACAGCAGCAGCGAGGUGCCCCGCUGCCUCCGUUUAAUCGGACGGACAGCAUCAUGUCGAACGCGUCAGUCGAGGCCGAGCCUCGCAUUGCUGUUCCCCAGCCAACCGUCGGCUCCCACAUACGCUCUUCAAGAGGUCAGAAGCAGCGGCGGGUUCACUCACCAGCUGGCACACCUCGCGUCGGUGCCCCCGCAACAGCUAACGCCAACGCCGCCGACUCUCAGUCCUCAAAGGCGGCUGCGCGGCGCGCCAUGCCAAAGAGCUCGCAGGAGCCGGCAACAUUGAACCAAUUCGCCCUCCUCCACGGGGUGUCGGUUCAGGUGCUGUGCCAGUGGAACCCCGCGCUGGCGGAGUUGGACGCCGACGCCGUCAUCCCGGCCACUGUCACGGUGUACGUUCCCCGCCUCUCGCUCUCCCCCGGCCGCGCACGUGGGCAAGCGGGGCCAGGCGUGACUUCCGAGGCUAGGCGCCACCGCGACCCAAACGACGGCGCCCUUGCAGACAUGACAAACGAUACUCCUCACAGCCGCACGGCACGCCUCCCGACACCGGUUGCUCGUCCAAAUGCCAAGGCGACCGCAGCAGCUGCAGCAUCACGCGCGGUAUCGAUGCCCGCCUCCCCAUCUCAUGCGGUAGCUUCCCCGAAACUGCCGGCACAAGCGAGCGAGCCGGAGAAAGCGAAGAUCAGCACCAUCAUCACCAUCUCGAAGAAGGACAGCACCCCCGCUGUUGUCACGUCGCGCUGGCCACCACCACUCUCCGUGGAGGACGUCGAGAAGUGCCGCUCCUUUCUCACUCCACCCACGGUGCCGAGUGCAACAGUGUCCGCUGCAGCUCCAGCCGCAGAGCUGGCUCCGCCUGUCCUUCCCUUCCCCAUGACGACGUCUCACUCCGCCUCUAAAGUCCUGGAGACACCGGUAGCUGCAGGCGCCAAGGUGCCACGCGGCGCUGUCAGCGCGGCCGUGGCACCCGCUCAGCCCGGCGCCGCCUCCACCAAGCCGACGGCGCCGUUUUCGUCUGCCAAACCGACCCCGACCGCCAGGAGCACACGCGAAGUGUUGCCGCAGGCUCUGCAGCCUGACGAGAAUACGGCGACCGUGGCGCCGGCUGGAGGCCGAGUUCCGCCGGCGCGCACGGUGUAUCAGCUGUUCAAACCGCAGACCACGCGAGUCGCUGAGCCGAGAGAGAUCGAGGCGGUCUUGGCAGCUCAUAGCGUCCCUCGCCUGCAUCUGGACGGAGUGGCGUUCAAGGCAGCUGCAGCUGCUGACGACGGUGCUCGUGGCCGCGCUGUUGGCGAGGACCACGUCGACCACGAGAACCACAAGGAAGCGGUUGAGGGGUCGACGAUGCUGUUGGAGUGGGACCUGGGCCUGCGCCUCGACAAUCUCACGGUGGUGCAAGUGCGGCGCAGCUCUGUGGCUGCGCGGGCCAACGUGCAGCCCGGCGACACGCUGCGCACGAUGAAUGGGCAGGCGCUUCUCUGUCGGAGCGACUUCGAGCACGCCAUGGCGCAGCAGCUUCAGCAGCACAGAAAGGGAAGUGAAGAGCGUACAUUGUUCGUAACGGCGAUGACCAGCCGCGGCAUUCCUACAACGUAUCGUCUUCGUAUUCCGACUCUUCGCCGCGACGGCGCGACGGCGCAGCCAGAUCUGCCACUGCAGCAUGACCUGCACCAUACUUCGGCACUGGCAGCGCAGCAGCAGGCACAGCCACCCCCACGAAGGCUAGGACCCCUCUCCGCACGGAUGUCAAGUGCAGCGAGAGGUACCCCGCAGCAGCAGCGGGGACUGCAGCCCGCUACGGAACGCUCCGCGAGAGUGCCGGUGGAAAGGGCAGGGCCGGCAUCUGCCCGCACGCCCGUGAGCAGUCUCGGUGCGGCUGCGCGGGUGUCGCGCGUAGUUCCGAUUAACACGAACGCGGUGCUGCUGUGUACUAUGCAGCCGCUAGACAUGGUCGGCACUUCGUCGAUCGAUGCAGGCCGUGCUGAGUCCUUGUCAGGGUCGGCAUGGAGGACAGACUGCGAUGGCAGUGCGUCCAGCCGCACGCGAGCCUACGUCUCGUAG